CUCUGAUACCCUCCCCCCGUUUAACCUCCCGAUUCUUAAUCCUAUUCAUCUCCUCUUUCCCUUGUCCAACCAACCACCACUCCCCUACAUUCUCAACCCCGACACGUUCUGCUUUGCUUUCCGCCUGCUCCAACUGGACAACGACUCCCCACCGACUUUGUUUUCGCGCCUUCCCUUCCCUCGACCUUCUUUAUCCUCCCAACCAGCACGCGUCUCUACCGACAGACCUUGAUUUUGACCCUCGUGUCUGUUCGGCUUCCGUGAAAAGGACCUGCUUUGCCCCUUCUUAGCUACGUCUUCGCGAUAAACUUCGAUCAACGAUCACGCCCCUGACUGUACCCGGCUGUCGCCACGGAACACCCAACCCUCGAACAUCGUCCCUGCCAAGAGAAAGGGACCUCUGUUGUCUGAUCAGACUCUUACCGGAAGUCCGGACAUUUCCACCGAUAGACGCGUCCGACUCCCGAAACACGCUACCCGAAGGCAAAGACAAAACUCGGACAGGUUUCAAUACAACAGAGAAAAAAGACUGUUCCAAGUGCGAACUCUCUGACCGGGUCAUUCCUUCUCCCCAAGAGUCAGAUUAUUCGUCGUCUGGUCUCGUACUUUUUUGGGGGGGGUUCCUGCUCUUUGCGCGCAACCUUGCAUUCCAGUGCAUGGGAUUGAAUACCUGCUCCAUUCUUCGUCGCAGAGUCAACUAAUCAGGCUUUGACCGUGUCGGUACGGUUCAGGCAGGACAGGAGGCUUUUCUUGGAGCUUUCCUUGGCUCCGGUGCUUUAGCUUCCCUCAUCGGGGUCGGGCUCAUGGACUUCACGACCAUCCUGAACCGAAAGAACUCUGCCGCCGCUGCAGCUGCAGCAGCAGAAGCACAACUACACCAACAAUACCUGCAAAACGCACAGUUGAAUCAACCAACCAUGAAGGCGGAGCCCGGCGCUUCGGAUAACCCCGUCAACGCAUACCCGGCUCAUCCUCCUCCCGGUGUCCCCAUGGAUCAAGGACUCGCCGAGUCUUUUUACUAUGGGCAACCCCCGGGUGCGACUCCUCGGAACAUGGGCUAUGUCCCUGGUGGAUAUGCCGGUGAACCACAGAUGCAGCAACCACCUAUGCCUUCUGGAAGGACUGGUGGUGAUGCGCCACCGAAGACUUUCCACUGCGGAACCUGUAACAAGGGAUUCGCUCGCCGCAGUGAUCUCGCACGACACGAGCGCAUUCAUACUGGAAUCCGACCUCAUGCCUGUGACUGGCCUGGCUGUGGGAAGCAAUUUAUUCAACGCUCGGCUUUGACGGUACACUCGCGAGUACACACCGGCGAGAAGCCUCACAUGUGUGAGCGAUGCGGCAAGCCGUUCAGCGAUUCCUCAUCACUCGCACGCCACCGUCGAAUUCACUCUGGAAAGCGUCCAUACAAAUGCCCAUACGCCAACUGCCAAAAGACGUUCACGCGCCGCACAACUCUCACCCGUCAUCAAAAUCAUCAUACCGGGACUAUCGAGGAGGCAGCUGCCGAGACAGAGGCCAAUCUGCGCCAGAACAAGGAACGAGGCCGUGGUCCGGAGGGAAUGUUCCCCGAUCAUAAUUCAAUCCCCUCUACUCCAUCUCCGGCUCAGCACGCGUCCAUGUCCCCUGGUGGUGAUCUUCCACCACUGACCAUGCACCGUUCAGCUGGCGAUUACUACAUGGGCAGCGGGCCGAUUCCUCCUCACGUUCGAGGCGACUUUUCUCAAGGCAGUCCCCGUGCUUCCCCCACGGCCACUUCUCCGUCACUUUCAAGCUAUGGUAGCGCACCUCAUGCUCGACCAUCGAUGACCUCGAACCCCUAUGGUCCUCCGCAGCCGCUUGAGCCCCCAGCGAACAGCGACCACCGACCUAACAGCGUCAGUGGCAGCCCACACAUGACCAGCCUGGGAUGGGCUUCACCUUCUCACGGCAGCAUGCCUUCGCCUGGUUCGGCCAACGACUUUGCUUAUCCUGAGCCUACUGGCCCGGCCUACCCAAGUUCGAUGCCUCCUCACAUGUACUUCCCCAAUUCCACCAUCCGUCGACCUACCAGCACCGAGCCAGAUAACUACGAGACCAAGUCCCGAAUGGGUGAUCAUACUUGGUCGACCCCGGUAUGAUGCGGGUCACCGUGUCGGGUGUUUCAUCACAAACCUUUCUUUUGUUUGAAAAACAUCAUCCCCUUACCGUUUAUUUCCUUUGUUGAAUUGCUUCAUUUGCAUCCUCGAUUCCCAUGGAAAACAGAAACAACACAGUUUUCCAAUGCUCUUCGAUUUAUUCCUCCAUGUGCUUCUACCGCGCGAUUGCAUCUUGUUUUGUCUUUUCUGUUGAUUCUUUAUCUCUACUACUGGAAGGGGUGUGACACUGAAACCCUCCUUCUCCCUCUGGAGUCUGUCCGGAGGCACUUUUCAUUAUUAUUAUUUUGCUUGUUGAUCAGGUUGUCAUCCCCACUGCCUUCACAACAAUAAUCCCUAUCCCAUCUGUUUUGUUUUGAUCGCUUGCGUGCGGAUGACAUGGCUUUACCGAGACACGACCAGACGAGGAAAUAGCAUAGAUAGAGCGCAGGACUGGGGAAUUCUUAUGGGCUAACAUUGUACUGGAUUUGGAAACAGGGAUAUUGGGGUUCUUUGAUUGGGAGUGUCAGUCCCAUGGUGCGGUGUCUGGUUGGUAUUUGGGUUAUUUAUGUGUUAUUUCUUGUGCCUCUUUUCUACUGACUUUUUUUUAUUGCGUCUGUCGUUUCUGCUUUUUCUUGUUGCUUGCGUUGCAUAUCUCUUGCGUUCUUUUUUCUCCCUUUCCUUUCUUUUCCUUCUUGUGUUUCAUACAUCUUUCCUCUUAAUACCUUUUGUCUUCGUGUUUCAUUUCUUUUUUCUUACUAAUGUUCUUGCGUUUUGUUUUCUUUGCUCUCGCAUCGAAUACCAUUUUGUGAGUGCGAUCCACCCUUUUGGCGAUCUGAUUCUGUACGAUUAGUGUGUUAAUAGACCAGCUGCUG